AUGGCUACUGGUGAAUCAUUGAGAUCGUUGGCUUUUUCUUUCAGAAUAUCUCAAAAUUACAUUUCUCGUAUCAUUCAAGUGGUUUUGAAAAGUUUGAGUAAACAACUAACUCCUAUUUUGUUAAAAUCUCCAACUAAAGAAAAUUUAAUUCGUGUAGCUGAGAAUUUCUGGAAUAAAUGGAAUUUUCCCAAUUGUGUGGGUGCCAUUGAUGGCAAACACAUACGAAUAUUUGCUCCCGGAAAAAGUGGUUCGUUAUUUUACAAUUACAAAGACUAUUUUUCCAUUGUGCUUCUUGCAAUUGUUGACGCCGAUUGCAAAUUCAUAUUUGUGGAUAUUGGAUCAUAUGGCAAGGAAGGAGAUAGUGGAAUUUUCAACAAAUCCAUUAUCGCAGAAAAUAUAAGAACCGGAGAUUACUUUCCUUCGCCCGGGAAAUUGCCAAGUUCAAAUGAAAUAUUACCGUAUGUUCAUAUUGGUGAUGAGGCAUUUCGUCUGGAUCGGCACAUGAUGCGGCCGUACUCGAGAAUUGAAGCUCGAAAAGACUAA